CUUCCGCCCCCCGUCUUGGCUCACCCACCAACAGCCCCUCCGCAAACAAAUCCCGACAUAUAUUACCCGCAGCAGAGUUGGGAGGAGCAGAGCGGCUCGUCUCGCAAAGGAAGAGAGAUGCUUCAGAAGUUCGCAUUAGCCUUCAAGACCAAGACCAUCGAGUUCUUCGCCGAGGAGGAGGAGGAGGAAGAGGAGGCGGAGGCUGUCGAUCUCGCUACCGACCCUGGCCGGGAGGUGGUCAUCACCGGCCAGCGCGUGGUGGUCCUCAAGCCCGACCCGGCUCCCCGGACCGACCCCCGGACCCUCGCUGCUGCCGCCCUCGCCGCCGUCUCGUCCUUCCAGGCCGCCUACCUCCACCUUCAGACCGCCCACUCGCCUUUCCUCCCUGACGCCCUCCGCUCCGCCGACCGCGCCGCUGUUUCCCACCUCCGCCGCCUCUCCGUCCUCAGGCGCUCCUACCUCUGCCCCGGCGACAGUCCCCCCUUUCCCCUCUCCUCCCACUUGGAGGCGCAGGUGCAGGAGAAUCAGAGCCUGCUGCGCGGCUUCGAGACCGUCGUUGACCGUCUCCAGUCCGACAUCGAUCGCAAGGAUGCCGAGGCAGCUGCCCUCGAGAAGGCGCUCGCUGACCUCGACGCGGUCGGCGCGCGGCUCGCUGACCGGCUCGAGCGCGCAUGCAUGCCUCCCGAGGAGAAGGUUGAGGCGCUGCUCACGGUCGGCGUCUUCGACUCGGUGCUCAGGGACACCUGCCGGCUGACGCAUCGCUUCGCCCGGAUCUUGGUCGAUCUGAUGAAGAUGGCCGGGUGGGAUCUGGGUGCGGCGGCGAAUUGCAUCUUCCCAGACGUGAAUUACGCCAAGCCCGGGCACUGCCGGUACGCCAUCCUCUCCUACAUCUGCUUGGGCAUUUUUGAAGGGUUCGAUUCGUAUGACUCGUGCGACGAUGGGAGUCGCGUCGAGUUGGAUGACAUUGAUGUAACCAUUCGGAGGAAUGAUUCUCUGCAACAAUUCGUCGAGCAUUCCGCUCUCGAUCCGAUCGAGCUAAUGCGGGACUUCCCAACCUGUGAUUUCGCAAACUUCUGCCAGAAGAAGUAUGCGAAACUCAUCCAUCCCGGCAUCGAGUCCUCUCUUCUGAGGAAUUUAGCUACGGCAGAGUCAUCAUUAGGUUCGCUGAGACAAACUAGUCCUCUGUAUGAGCCAUUUGUGAGCAUGGCCAGCUCAGUGUGGAUGCUUCACAAGUUGGCCUGGGCAUACGACCCUGUGGUGGAAAUCUUUCAGGUAGCCCGGGGGACUCAAUUCUCGAUGGUUUUCAUGGAGAACAUCGUUCGCAAGGUUGACAAGAUGCGCAUCGACCACGGGAGGGCUUCACGGCCAAAGGUCGGGUUUACUGUCGUUCCAGGGUUUCAUGUCGGCAAGACAGUCAUCCAGUCUAAGGUCUACGUAGAUGGUUCGAAGCAGGCAUCAUAAUUCUGCAUUCAUUUGUGUAAAUGGAGAUACUUAGAGGCGCCCUUUCGGUAUAGGAGAUAGUGUAAAGGGCAUUAACAAGUGUGUAUCAAUAAAAUGAAGGUCGACAUAGUUCAAUAGAAAAUACAUUUCGAUAUUUGUUCGGGCAGUAAUAUGUUGAUUCCCUAUUCUGUGAUUAGUUAUAUUACAUAAUUGAUCACAUCGCUUGUGUCGUUUCA